UCUCUAGUUGCUUUUGUGCGUUUUGUAAAAUGUACGUUUAGUUAACUUAUGCAUAGUGUAGAAGUAGAUGAGCGGCACUCUCAGCCCCCAGUCUCCCUCAGCAUGCGUUCAUUCCUCACUACUGAAGAAUGAGCGUGUUUCUAAAGAACGGAAGUAGACCGACCAUUUUGAAACCCCGCACCGCUAAGCACAAUGGAUAAGGGCAACACUGUUAAGCUCUUUGUUGGGAACCUGGCCCUGGACACUACGCAAGAAGAACUGUCAGCCAUCUUUGAGUCAUACGGACAGGUGGUUAGCUGCAGCGUCUUGAGGCAGUUCGCUUUUGUCCACCUGCAAGGAGAGGGUGCUGCCGAACGUGCUAUUAGGGAGCUCAGUGGCAGAGAGUUCAAAGGCCGUAACCUAGUGGUGGAGGAGUCACGGGGACGCCCACUCCAUUCCACAAAGGUUUUUGUGGGUAAUCUGAGCAGUAUGUGCACCACAGAAGACCUCCAGGAGCUGUUUCAGACUUUUGGGAAAGUUUUGGAGUGUGACAAGGUGAAAGGUUAUGCCUUUGUACAUAUGGAGAACAAGGAAGAUGCCCUGCAGGCUAUCGAGGCUUUGCAUGGGACCUCCUUCAAAGGCCGGCCACUAUCAGUGGAGCUCUCCAAAGUUCAGCCAAGUAAGCAGGCCCCUACUGGAAAGAUCCCAUGCGUAAGCUGUGGCAAACAGGGUCACUACGCAGGUGAAUGCCCUGCUGGGAAGCCCACCCUGGAGCAAUAUCAGAGCCAAGCAGCCGUGCUAGCCGCUGCGGCUGCUGCGGCUGCUGGCCUGCCAUUGCAGGUUCAACAGAGUGUCCACAAUUCUGUGUACAACACCUCUACUUUUGAUCCCACUUACGCUGCUCUGACUGGACUUACAGCCGGUGCAAGGGCAGAGGGAGGAACAGCGGUGGCUCCAGCCGUCUAUGGAGCAUUAGCCAGUCAAGUGUACGGAACAGUUGCCAAUCAGUUCUACAGCGGGACAUUUGCAAAUCAGGCGCUCGGCAACAGUGCUGCUGCUGCGCAGAUGUAUGGCUCUGUUAACCCAGUUCUUUAUGGACAGAUGACGAGUGGUGCAGUCGCAGCUGCUGCUGCUGCAUAUGGUCCACAGGUUUAUGCGUCGGCGGUAGCUAAUCCAGUGUUCCUAGCCGCGGCACACAGCAUGGAUGUACCGGCAGCUGGUGCUACUGCUGUUAACCCAGCCUAUACAGUAGCACCAGCUCUCUACAGUGCUACACCAGCUUACGGGGCUCUGGGGGCAGCUGAUCCAGCAGCUUUCUUAGAGGCAGCAAGGGCACACUACUUUGCACAAGGACAGCAAAUGCUAGCUGAACAGCAACAUACCAGCUCCAAGUCAGGAGAGAGGGACCGGAGUCCACUAAGAAGAUCAGCCCCUUUGCUGCCAGACCCUGUUAUGAAACCAUUUAUGUACCAGAGGGCCAAACGCAGAGCCUUGUUACCUACUCCAGCUGGUCGAGAGGAAGCUUCUGCACAGGAGGAUGACCCUAUAGCCAGAUACUAUGCCGAAUACUACCAGCAGUACCAGCAGCUGCAGCACUACCCACAGUACCAGUAUGCCUACUCAUCUCCCAAUCCCCUUGUGGCGAUGCCCGGACUAUCCACACUGUCUGGUGUGCCUGCUCAACAAGUAGCAACGCUCGACACUCUCAGGCCAGUGCUGAACGCCGCCCCCAUGCCUGCUGCAAUCGCCAUGGCAACACAGCGCGUGUAUGAGCCUCCGCCGAUUCCGCCGUCGCACAAGGAGCCCCUCCUCCGCCGCCCCGAACUCGCCCUACACACCCCUGAAACACCCUUCCGAUAGUGUCCUCCACGUCCUUUCUGCCUCUCCUUUCUUGUGCUGCCUGUGUGUGUGUGUGUGUGUGUGUGUGUGUGUGUGUGUGUGUGUGUGUGUGUGUGUGUGUGUGUGUGUGUGUGUGUGUGUGUUUGUUUGUGUGUUUAAGAUGGUGGGCGUGUUGGUUUUAUCUAUAGACUGGAACCUCUAACCUUGGUUCUGAUCACACACCGGUGCAGUCAGGGCUGAAAAAGGGAAACUGCAUGCUCUCAUUCCCUCACACUUUACCAAUGAAACACAUCAGUGGUCUGUUUAAGAAAUGUCCACUGACCUUAAAUCUAUUGCCAGUUAGGUGUAGAUUAGGGGUAUAGGGUAGAUUAGGUAUUUGCCAUGAUGAUUUUAAACUUUUAUAUUCAUAAGUGUUUGUAGUCUAUGAAUGAUACUGUACUUGAUAAUUUUAAACAUUGCUUGAAAUUGUCAUACGAACGUAACCAGUUUACAUAUUCAUAUAGUUAUUGAGAAAUUAGAUAUUGAAAUAUUUCAAUAAGUUUGAAUGUAAGUUUACUCCAAAGGGGUGUGAAGUGUUGGACCAGGGUUGGACAGUGUUUUACAUGUCUUUGUGUGUGUUUCUUGUUUUUCUCUGGGACUGUGUUGUAGCUUGUAUGCUUUCCAUUGGUUGUCACAAUAGGACAUGUACACGUGCACAGGGAAGCAACCUCGAUCCACACGCACAUACAUACGCAUCCCUUACACCCCAGAUGGGGAAACAUUAGUUAUGACCUUUAACACCUCCCUUCCAUCCCUGUCCACCCAUCCUGAAAGCUGAAAGACACUGUGACUUUUCUCCCCUCCUACUUUAUGUAGCUACUUCCAUAAAUAUGGAGAUGUAUGGGAAAUACUUAAUCAUGAAGGUGUAGUUAGUAAUUUGCUGGGAUUGGCCCUCCGGCCUGUCUGUCUUAUGGGAGCGUCUCUACGUUCACCGACUUAACUGCCACAAAAUUAAUCAUAGAAUCUGUUUUAAGUGUCUUAUUAAUGCUAUCAUGUUUUUUUUUAUUUUUUAUAUUAAAGUAGUUAUAAGGGACUCAAAUAUUCAUUUAAAGAAACAUGCUCAACAAACAUAAACAUUUUUUUUUUAACUUUUGUUUACAGCUUCAAGCGAGAUAUACUUUUACGCAAAGAUUGUUUAUAGCCAAAAAAAGAAAUCCUGCCAAAAUCAUGUUUUUCAGUGGCCUAUGAUUCUUAUGCCUUAGUAGUGAAAUGUAUUAAAGAUUUUUUUAUUUUUAUUUUUUAUCUGUAGUCUUAUAAUGUGAAACUGGAUUAAGGCUACACUUAAGUGCUGUAUAUUUUGUGGUGCUGUGAUUUGGAAUUAAAUGCAUUGGGAGAUUCCUAUCAGUUUCUUUCAGUCUUCCUGCUCUUUUCACUGCUGAAACUCCAUAGUUGACCCUCACUGCAUCUCUCUUCUUCUCUCAUUGCAUCUGCCUCUCAUUUAGUGCCAGUAUGUCAUUCGUUUACCAUGCCCUUAUUCAAACCUACAGUAUGUGAUGAGGAUGUCAAUGUGUGAAUGUGAAUGCUUAUCUUACUAAAUGUUUUGCAUCGACAUUCACAUUUGUAGUUUCUAUCAAGGUAACUAUUUUUGCCACAAGUGAAGACUGUACACAAUCUAUACUGACUAUAUAACAAGACUACAAAUAAAGAGCCCGCCCGAUCAUUUAAAGAGGAAACACUAGAGCUUUUGCUGGAGCUUUUACUAUUUUUGCCUUUUGAUGUUUCAUGAUUGUUUUUCCUUUGUGAAAGACCAGACUCAUGAAUCGGAAUCCUGAAAAGAAGCUUAAGGAGUAGAGACUGAUCCCAAUCUCACCCCUGUCUCUAUGGAUGGGGUAAGUCUGGGGUCAACCCCACUCUAUACCCCACCCCACCAUACCAAACCCCCUACAGGAGCAACAAAUUCUUCUGCCCAGCUUCUGGUCCCUUUUAGCCACCCAAAGACUGCAUGCAGCUUUUGUAACUGGUGUGGUGUACAAUGACAAUUUGUGACUAGAUUUUAAGAUUCAAGCAGUUUUGCAUAUUGCAAAACGUUAUUUAUGUGUGAGUGUCAGAUGACACUAGCACUGUUAGACCAUUUUGCAAUUGUUUUCUGAUGUUUUACGUGAUGGGGCUGAGUGCACAUGUAAAUUUAAGACUUAUUCCAUAUAUCUUCGCUCGUUUGUAUAGCAGUGGCUUUGCUGUAGUGCAUGCUUCCUUUUUGUUUUCUUGUUUCAAGCCCCAUAAAACGAACACUUACUGAUGUGAUUGUUCCAACUGAACUAGGUCCCUAUGGAACUGUGAACACCAUGAGCAGUGCUGGUUGGGUGAAAGAAAGUUAGUGCCAGGCAAUGCACGGGAAGUUCUCUAUCUCCAUUCAGGUAAAAGCACUGUGCCCCCUUUCUGCCUGUCGUGCACCCUUUCUGCGUGUGCGCCUUGACCGCAUACCUGCUCUAUUUCUCCUCACUACCACCCCACCCCUUCUGUAGAUUCCUCACUAUUUGUCACCAUUGCCAGAGCCAAUGAGAUUCUCUAAACACUAUUAUUACGCUACUAUCUGUUACUGCCAAAGGGGGUGGGGGUUGGGGAGUGACCAUUUAUUUUUUUGGUGGUUAGUGUCUCGUAAUGGUUGGGUACUUGGUGAUGUGUGGGUUUAGCUUUGGAGAGAAUGUGGUCAUAAUUGGUUCAUAUACGGUUUAAUUAAUGGUUUAUUAGUUGGUGGGUGAAUAAAUCAAUGAGAUUUGAAUGUGUCUUUGAGUGGCUAUAUGAACACAUGGGGGUGGCAAGGGGUGGCUGAUAAAAAAAGAGUGUCAAAGGUUAGUACUUGUGAGUCAAACUGUUCUAAGGCUUGGUAGAUGUGGACCUUGCUCAAGAGUUCCUACAGUAUCGCCGACUUCGCCUGGCCCCCGUCGCCUGUGCCUUUAGUUUUUUAUGAUUUUACUCCAACACCAUCAGGCCUCCCCAAGUCUGCUCGCCGUUGACUCCCAAUUUGCCGUCGCCCUCGUCGUAUCAUCAGUGAUAGCUGUUGAGUUUGUUUACUGUUAACCAAUGCCUAAACGAAUCCUCAUAGCUUUGUGUCACUAGACCUGAGAUACCGGUUAAACUUAAUUCGCAAGACUCUCAUUUGGACACUGGCAGGCCUUAUCUUGUAGGGCAGCACUUAUGAUUUGCCUCAAUCCAGCAGUGAAUUCUCUGUAUAAACUUCUACUUAUGCCUUCUCGAUCAGUGUUGGGUAGUAAUGGAUUUCUUGUAAUCUUGAUAAAGUAAUCAGAAUUGAAAAAUUGUGUGUGUGGGGGGUUAUAACUGAGCGAUGCAAUCUUUGGUUCUCUAUAUGCAUUAUUUAUAUGAAAUAUAAAAUUACAAUUAAUAUAUCAUUAAAAAUAUAUAUUUUAAUAAAUGUUUUGCUUAUCAUCUAGCCAUGUGUGCAUAACAAAAUUGAUUUGGCCACACCUUCUCAUGAAUAAUUACAUGGUACAAAUUGUUAAUCUCCAAAACAUAUCUUGAGACAUUCAAUUUGUUUUAUUUCAAAGCUUGAUUAAGUUUUUUUUUUACAAUACCUAAAUGACAUGCCUAAAUAACAACAAUAAUGAUAACGUGCAUGAUAUCACUGCCUUGCAUCUUGAAUCUUGAGAAACACAGUUUACUGAGUGACUGACAAAUAGGAAGUUCAUCAUUUUAUGUUAUUUACUGAUUACAAUUUUAGUUGUGUAAUUUAUAAUCAAUACCAUAACAUAUUUCAGAAGUAAUCUACCCAACACUCUCCUUGAUUGACAAAACUUUUCAGGCUAGAGGAGAAUUUAUGAAAUUAUAUUCAGAGAGUUUAUCUGAAAGCCAACUUUUGUCACCUGUUCAAAUGAGAGUCUGAUAAGUUUGUGUUUGAAGUAACUUGGGUAUCUUGCAGAUCCUUUUUCCUUGGGAAAAAAAAGGAACCACAAAUCCACGUAAAUCUCUCCUUUCCACUGCCAAGGUGCCGGUGCCCAUUCUGGAAUUAUCCUGUGUGUUUUAUUUUUAAAUCAGUAGUAAGACUCAUGAAGCGCCAUGUUUGUUUGUGGGCAGGUUGUGUUGAAAUGUUGUCACUUACGUCAUUAUUUAGCUCUCAAAUCAGUGGAAGAACUGUCAGUGGGCUGGUUUACCAUUUUGGUGGAAGAGGGGUAUCUAGGCUCCUAUAGGACUUCCUUCAGAGGAGCAUAGUAGUGGUGUACCUCAUUCGAAGGUGCUAUUUUUUACAGGCCACAUGAUCACUUUAAAGUGUCUGAUCAUGUGUGUUCAAGGUAAAUCUCUUUUUGUUUGGCAAAACAUGCAAAGACAGAUUGAUCUACUGAAUUCGGAAACAGUAGGUUGAAUUUUCUUGAGCUAAAGUCAGUCUCUGCUUACCAAAAUUUUAAGAACUGCCUCCAGUGGCCAAAAGGAGAGUGUUUUUAAACAUAAGGGUGCAUGUGAGCUCCAGUUUUCGGGUGAAAUACACCCUCAGAGUGGGCGCCAAAGACAAGUUGUUUAUAGCUGUAUAGGAUGUAAUACAGUGAAGAGCAAUGCAUAUUUUAUUCAUUCUUCCCCAAGCCUAAACCUAAUCAUCAGUGGAAUAAAAAUGUAUUCUUAGAGGGAAAUUGGAACCUUCGAAUCUUACUCAACACAGAUGUCACAAACAUGAUUACUUCCUGGAUUCAACAAUCUGGAUUUCCCACUUGGCCUCUGCGCACUUCCGGUUGCACUACUGGAGAAGUUAAUAGUUUGAACCGAUGCAACAAGUUCUGGAUGUUGAUGGCGCUUGUCAGUAACUCUGCAUAAUGGGGCCGGUAUCAGGGUACUGGCACAUUCUGAAGCAAAUUUCGACUUCUCGUGUGUUCAUGUUGCAAGACAUUUAGCAUCUUUACGCAUACUGUCUUGUGUUUCUUUCACUUUGCCAGUAGAAAUAAGGAAAAACGGUAAAUGAGCCGGAAAUGGAAAAAGGGCUAAAUAACCCCCUUUUCAAUCUAUUCAGACCAUAUUAUGGAAGAAGAACUGUCCAUGACCUUAAGGCAGAUACAAUGUCUGUGAUCCAGAGAUAGAGUAUCAGUGGCACUCCCAAUAUCAAUAGUUCUGUAUUAAGAUAUCUGGCGUGCAGGUAUUUGUGGUUGACAGAUAUUUCUAUGAUGUCUCCGCGACUGGGGUUCGUCUUUGAUGGCAGAUGUCUGUGGCAGAUAGAUUUCCGAGUUGUAUGAGUGGAACCUUCCAUAUUCAGUAUGUUGGUUCUGUAAUAUUUAGAAUUGAAAAACAAUCCUCCUAGAAUAUACUCUUCCAACAUAAGCCUCCCUGAAUGUAGAUGGUAUGUUCCAUGGUUUCCAUGGAUUACGGAAUGCUCCCCCUGAUAAUUUUUUCCUCCACAGAUCCCUUCUAGUGUUUGUAUCCCCUUAAAUGUGAAAAGGUCCAGUAUUUUAAUUUUGUAUCUCUGAGUAAUUUUUAGAACUGGGUGAAGAUAGUGCUUUGACUUUUGAAGGUUAAAGUCAGUCAUUUUAUAACUGAUGUUUGGAACUGGAAUAAAUUCUAUUGCAGGCGAUAGGACAUGAGCUGGUUGUAAUUGUUUUAAUUACCUUCUGUUGAAUAUAUGCAUGCUUUUGUUCAUGUGUGUAUAUCCAAAAACCUUGCAACUUGUAAAGUGUACUCUUCUACACCAGCUUUUGCAUGAACACUGUCUGGCAUUGCAUGCUUGCUGCAAUAAACUAGUACUAC